AUGCAAACAUCGCCACCUGCUAACAAGGCCUUCAGCGAUGCCGCUGACAAGAUUGAGCACCUUCUGGGCCAAGCUUGGCAAUUAGAUGCCGGCAAUCCUGAACAUCUCACUAUAGUGAUGGAGAUGGGCAGGGCUUUGACCCAGGCAAUGAUGUCUCAUGGCAGGAAACUGCAGCAGCACAUGAAUGCAUCCAGGACCGGUCUCACCGGCACACCCGCUUGGGGAAACAUUCGAGGUGACGAUAUCCGCAUCAAACUCACCCUUUGUUCCCUUCCACCAGGAACUACCGCGGAGCCCUUCGGCCUCAGCUUCUCCGCCACGCCCGGGCCAUCUCAGCUCAGGAAGCGGCUGCGAUGGAGGAGCCUGAGGAACGCGGGUGAGGAAUUGAGUCGCGGAAACGUCCCCGUGCCUCAAGUGCUCGGAGCCGCAGCCGCCCAGCCAUGUCCAAGCGGCAGCGCAGAAGUCAAAGGCCAUCAUUACCAACCAAUAAAAAGGCACGCCGUGCCUAUGUCGAAGUGGACACCGAAGAAAACGGAAGAUGAUGGCGAUGAGGAGACGCUGUGGAGCCGCCGAGAAGAUACCGCCGCACCUGUUGCCAAGCCGGUCCAGAUCUCCAUGGAGGAUGAGUUCGCCAAUACGACGGCAGGAAGUUUGGGCUCCCGCUCGGCAAUGCGUCGCAAGGGAUCUGAUUUGCCGACAGGCCUAUCACAAGGACCACGGCAGAAAGUUGCGCGUUGGUGCGCUUGCAGCCGCCUGAAGAUUCGAUGCGGAAGCAAGGGCUCCGAGGCGCCGAAAAUGAAGCCGAAGUCGGUGAUGGCACGGCGCACACGCUCCCAAUCUCGGGCGCCAUUGCUCGCCACCACCUGCCCAGCUGCUUUUGUUGCUCCGGCAGCCAACCAGGAGCAGCUACUUCCCCCAAAGUUGAGAUCCGGGCUGAGCCAGCCCCUCCCAGCAUCCUAA